AUGGAGCGCACUGCUUUCUCAUGUGCGCGACCAGUUUUCCGUGUUCAGGGUUUCAAUUGUGCUCGAAAGCCAGCUGCCCGAAGCUUCACGUCAAACUUUGGUCCUACCUCAGCAUCGCGGCCAGCUUCCCUUUCGCACCGAAAGCCCACCUAUCGAACGAGCUGCCGAUGCAUCCACGCAUCUCCGGCCCGAGGAAAUGCCUCCAGGCCGCCCAAGUCGCGCGACCGCGGGCCGAAGAGCGACGAAGACACGCAAACCGACUUCAAUGCGCUCGACGUCCUACGCAAUACCGCUGCGCCCGCCACGGCUAUUGACGCCUGCACAAGCGAUGGCUUCGCAUUGAAUAAUCAGAUGCGGAUAAGUGGGAGCGGUGUGCUGCUUGUGGGCGGAGAAGUGUUUCGGUGGAAGCCGUGGAUAGAGGCGCAUCGGAAAGAGGGAACGGUCGCGGAAGGAGCGUUGGGAAACGAUGCGAUGGCGGGGCGAUUUCUGAACAAAAAGGGGCAGUGGGAGGUGCCUGAGGGAUCCUGGGCGCUGCUGGAGCUGGUGUGGCCGAAGCCAGAUCUCUUGAUUAUCGGUACCGGGCCCCGGGUCGCUCCAAUCACGCCCGCUGUUCGCAAAUACCUCAACGACCUUGGAAUACGGCUCGAGAUACAGGACACCCGGAAUGCGGCGGCGCAGUUCAACCUUCUGGCGACUGAGCGCGGCGUGAGCCAGGUCGCUGCGGCCCUAAUACCCAUCGGUUGGAAAGAAGGGCGGUAG